UCAAGGACCACAGAAGAUGUAGUUACAUGAUAGCCAAUGCACUGGAUAAGGAUGGUAAAUUCACUACUGCCCAAGUCUCUCGAAAACUUAAGCAACUUGGUUUGUAUCUUCCUCUGAAGAGUUCUGGAGGAAAAAUGCACCCAAAGGGUGCAGAUCUCAUGGAUCGUUCAAAUGAAAGGAUGGAUGAAUCUGAUGAUGAGACAUUGGUAUCACUGGUAAAAAGGAAGAAAAUGGAGAGUGGCAAAUUAUCAAGGGGACAGUUACAUGGGCAAACCAGUGAGGAUAAAUUGUCAAAAGGCGAUUCUGAUGAUGAAAUGCUCAGCUCUGUUCUCAAGUAAUGUUCCUUUACC